UCAGAGUGCCCCCUUUACAUCAGUUGUCCCCAUCAGUGUGCCCCCCUUACAUCAGUUGUCCCCAUCAGUGUGCCCCCUUACAUCAGGUAUCUCCAUCAGAGUGCCCCUUUACAUCAAGUGCUCCUUUACAUCAGUUGUCCCCAUCAGUGUGCCCCCUUACAUCAGGUGUGCCCAUCAGAGUGCCCCUUUACAUCAGUUGUCCCCAUCAGAGUGCCCCUUUACAUCAGUUGUCCCCAUCAGAGUUCCCCUUUACAUCAGUUGUCCCCAUCAGAGUGCCCCCUUACAUCAGGUAUCCCAAUCAGAGUUCCACCUUACAUC